ACGCACGCCUCGACCGAUCCAAUCACAUAUUAUUCGACGAAACAACGCGAAUUGCGUUCCGCUCAGCGCAACCUCAAUUCAUUACUCGCUCAACUCAUCUCGCUGAACGACCGAUGGACCGCAUUAUGCAACGAUAGGAAACGCAGCUUGGCUGACCGAACUCAAGAAUGCGAUGCCUAUCAAUUAAUGGCACGUGAUCCAAAUGGCCUACUACAUAUGAUACACGAUAUCAAAAUGUUGCUCGAUGCUAUUCACAACUAUCUCGACGAUGUCAAGGACAUAUUACCACCAACAACCACCAACUCCACUCCUACGACGCCGUCACGUACGCAGACCGUUACGAGAGUACCUUAA